UUGAGUUUGUCUGUCGACUGGCUAAGACCAAACGUAUAGGUCCAUCUCGCCAAACAAUAAAAUUUCUGAAUGCUUUGUGAGCAGUGAAUUUUAGAAUUUUUCCUAAAUUUCUUAAAAAUAAUUCUUUUGCCAAAACUGUGUAUUUCCUAAAAUUACUUGGAAGAAACCUAUACAUUUCGUACUAACAGCUGGCCUCACUAUUCCCGUCGAUUACGCGGAUUAUCGCAUCAGAACCAUCCAUUCAAAGUGGCGCAAUUUAGUGGCGGAGGCAAAAUGAGACGGUCGCAGGGCUAUGCUUACCAGCCGCUAGCCCAGAAUCCUGGGCCCAGUGGAAUUGCCAACGGCAGCAGCCACAGUCACGAUGCCCUCGAGGAGGAAAACGAACGAAUGGCAGAGGAACUGAGAGGUAAGAUUGGGGCACUAAAAUCGCUGACCAUAGACAUCGGAUCGGAGGUGCGGUAUCAGGACAAGCUGCUGCGAGGGAUCGACGAGGAUAUGGACCGUACCGGAGGAUUCAUGUCCAAUACUAUUUCGCGGGUCGUCAGGUUAGGGAAAGGAGGCCAUCGGAACUAUAUGUGCUACAUGUUUCUGUUUGUAAUGUUUGUGUUUUUUGUGUUGUUUUUGAUAUUAAAGUUAAGAUAGUUCAGAGGCCUUUUUGUGAGACAAUUGGAAGGGGAUAUAUCAAUUAUAUUUAAAAUAUAAACAUUCGAAAAAUUA